AUGUCGAAAGUAGCUCAACCCGAACUCAAGAAAUUCAUGGAUCGAAGAUGUUUCCUUAAUCUUCAAGGUGGCAGACAACUUUCAGGCGUAUUGAGAGGUUUCGACAUGUUCUUGAAUUUAGUGGUGGAUCAAGCGUUUGAGGAAUUAGGUGGCGGGCAAAGGAAACCUUGUGGUAUGAUAGUAAUCCGAGGUAAUUCGGUAUCGUCGAUGGAAUUACUGGAUAGUAUGAGGGUGUGA